GUGUAUCUGUGUCGUGAAUUCUUAGGCGAUUCGCACUGUUUAGUGUUUACCUGAGAAUUUGCGGCAUUAAUCUAGAACUUGAUAUAUAUAAUAUUAACCACCUUACUAUAAAAAUAAAACAUAUUUCAAUGAAGCUUUUGAAACCUAUUUGGGUCAAUCAUGAUGACAAACCAAUAUUUUCUGUGGAUAUUCAUCCAGCGGGGAAGCGAUUUGCCACAGGGGGUCAGGGUCUUGAUUCAGGCCGGGUUGUCGUGUGGAACUUGAAUUCAGUGUUGUUUGAAGAAGUAGAAGUGGAUCCUAAUGUUCCUAAAAUGCUUUGUCAAAUGGAUAAUCAUUUAGCUUGUGUUAACUGUGUACGAUGGAGUAAUGGCGGUAGAUACUUAGCAUCAGGUGGAGAUGAUAGACUUAUCAUGGUAUGGGGACUCAGUGUUGCUGUAGGAGCUGGAAAGCAUAAAGCAGAGACUUGGAGAUGUUUAGCAACAUUGAGAGGGCAUGCAGGUGAUGUAUUAGAUCUGGCAUGGUCACCAUUAGACAAAUGGCUUGCUAGUUGCAGUGUUGAUAACACUAUAAUCAUAUGGAAUGCUGAAAAAUUUCCAGAAAUGGUCUGUGUUCUAACUGGUCACACUGGACUUGUGAAAGGAGUUGCCUGGGACCCGGUGGGAAAAUAUUUGGCAUCACAGUCAGAUGACAAAUCUCUGCGUGUUUGGAAAACAGUUGAUUGGUCUCAAGAAACUUUAAUUACAGAACCAUUUGAUGAGUGUGGAGGUACAACUCAUGUGCUUCGGCUAUCAUGGUCACCAGAUGGUCAGUAUGUGUUAUCAGCACACGCUAUGAAUGGAGGUGGACCGACUGCUCAAGUGGUUGAGAGAGAGGGCUGGCGAUGUGAUAAGGACUUUGUUGGACACCGGAAAGCUGUUACAUGUGCUCGUUUUAACAGCAAUAUAUUCGUGAAAGAGGGCAAGAAGUGCUGUUGUGCGGCGGUGGGGUCACGUGAUAGGGCUUUGUCAAUUUGGCUCACGUCUCUAAAGCGGCCAUUGGUCGUUGUUCACGAUCUAUUCACGGACAGUGUGCUCGAUCUUUCCUGGAGUUCUGAUGGUUUAAAUUUGCUGGCCUGCAGUUCCGAUGGUACUGUCGCGUGCAUACAGUUUACAAAUAAGGAAAUUGGUACCCCACUAACACUUGAAGAAAAGAAUUCCCUAUAUGAGAAAAUCUACGGAAAAUGCCCAGCGAAUGAGUCUGGAGGUGACCUGUCUUCCAAUCUUUUGGUUGAGUGUCCAGAAAUUCUACUCGCUCGGGAGAAGCAAGAGGCCAAAAAGGAAACGCCUAAAGAGGAAACUACUCCUAAGAAUGAUAAAUCACAGGUACAGCAAAAACCAAUAUACACGCCUUCUCCGAUGUCCACCCAAUCGAGUCCGGCGCCUCUACGUCCAAUGGACCGGCAGAUAGAGACGCGCACAUCGGAUGGCAAAAGACGCAUCACACCUGUCUUCAUCCCCCUCACACACGCGGACGCCAAUGAGUCACUUGGUUCAAUACCUGGUGGAAAUGAAAACUGCUUCAGUACAUCGUCGCAAAGCAAGUCACGCAUCAUAGUAGAGAGAAGAGAUGACAUCAUCAUACAUCCAAAUGUCAGUAACCACGCACUCAGCAGAAGUAAUGAUAACGGAUUAGACCAACGUCUCCGAAAGCGUACAACAUCGACCCUCCCAGGACCCAAAGCUGAAGAUCUCCAAGCCAAGAGAUCGUGCACAUCUCCAACGGAGCAGGUUUCGUCCCGCGGGGUAUACUUGGGACCGUCCCUGCCCGUCCCAGCUUUGGGGACGGCUGGGCCAAUUGUGAGAGCCGCUGGGUUGUUGAGAUUACAAGUGGUGAAUAAAGCAUACAACACUCCGUAUGGCAAAUUGUCUCGGCUUGAGUUGAUACCAAACAAUACUGCAUCAAAUGAUCCGGUUUGGGAUGCUUGUUUAGGUUCACCCGUAUCGUGUAUAUCGUGCGACGCCCGUUGGCUGUGCGUAUCUUGUACGGAUGGAUCGUUACACGUGUGGCGAAACGCCAAACCGAAGCCCUACAGGGCUUUGCCCCCACUCGCUUUACCAUCACCGGCGCACAAAUUGUCCCUAAACGGGGAUACCCUAUCAGUGGUGACGUCAUCAGCGGAAUUGACCAUGUGGGACCUUAAUAAUGCAACCUGUUCUCUUCGGUCGCUGUCUUUCAGGAAUUUACUUUCAAAUAACGCUACCGUCACAAAUUGUACGUUGGUGGACGGAAAUCCCAUGAUAUCAUUGAAUACUGGCAAAAGUUAUAUUUACUGCAAGAAAUUGUGGGCGUGGGUGUUAUGGACAGAUGGGGGUGAUCCGGUGAGACGUGCGGGAGGUGGAGCCGGAAGUAGCAGAAGACCACGAGUUUCCUCUCAAUUGCAACAUUCUGCAACACAAGGCAAAUACAACGCGUGCGCUGCUCGUAGCUGGUUAGAGUCACAGGUGUCUGUGUGUUUGCAUCUUCGUUUGGCGAGGGACUAUCGCCAUUGGAUCAACGCACUGUUUACGCAUCUCAUAGCUCAUGGCACUGAAGAUCAACUUAGAACCAUUUUAGAUGAUCUUUUGGGACCUAGUCAUUGUAUUUCGCAGCCUUCCAAGUGGGAAUCUAAUAUAUUGGGAAUCAAAAAGCAUGAGUUAUUAGAAGAAUUAUUAGCACUUCUCGUGAGGCAACUGCGCUGGCAGAGGCUGUACACGGAAUACGCGGAUCAGUUGAACGAACUCAAACACAAAACACCUUUACUCAAUGGACACACGUAACAUUGAGGGUAGACUGAAAAAAAAAUAGCAAUUAAAAAAUCCCGUAUUCCAAAUUCACACUUCAAGGUGUAUUUGUUGGUUCGUAUCCUUAAAACUAAAGUUAACUUUUAUGACGGGAAUAAGUUUUUGAAAAUACCUUCAAUUUUUCAUUUUCCAUACGGUUGUGAAUGAACUCCAGCGCUGCUUUGUUUAAAUGAAUUUUAUGUGUGUUAGUUAUGAAUUACAGUGGUAUUCAAUGUCGUCUUACUAUAUCUAAGAACGUCGCAACUAAGCCACAACUUAAUGGUAGAGUAUAACUUUUAAUGCAUGACUUAAUAGAACCCAAUGUGCUGAAGCAAAUGGUCCAUUUUUUUUCUGGUUAAUGAAGCUUCAACAAUUUUGGGGGUUCAAUACAAUAAUAAACUGUAUUAUCCAAAACAGUUAUUACGUUCGAAAUGGUAGUCAUAAUGCAUAUAAAUUAUAUAUUAAAUUUAGAUUACUUUUGAAAUUUCUAUCUUUGCUGUGAUUUUAAAUAAGAAUAUUUUAAGGCGUUUUAUAAAAAGUUUCGAUCUAAUAUUGAGGUUAAGUAUUAGAGAUUCGAUUUCCUACUAUUCAUGCGAAAACAGAAUCAUUUUGUUAGAUAAAGCAUGCUUGAAUGACGUGUAACUGAAUAAUUAUAUUGUAAGUCUCGGUACAUAAAAUGACUCCCGAGUAGAGGAAAAACGUAUUUCUCAGUAUCAAACGACUGUGGUCAAUUUAUUUGCUGGAUAUAUACUAUAUCAGUUGCAAUUGAUGUUUUUUUUUGUGAAAAUAUAUCGAAUUUUCUUUAUCGUUUACGAUAAAAACGACUAGCAUUAUAUAGAAACAGGUCGUAAGAUAAACUAGUUUAUAAAUAAGUCGUGAUGCCCCAAUUAGGUUGUUCUUAUUAUUUGAAAGGUUGUGAAGUGUAAAAUUGUUGUGUCAUUCAUAGAAAUCGACGAAAUUGUCUCGUAAAUAAUGUAUUUUUUUUAUUAUUACAGAUUCAUUUACGUGCAUAUUAGAUAAAUCAAUUAACUGGCAUUUUUUUCUAUGUAAUAAUUAUCAUCUUAUUCAAUGUUUUACACAAUUAUUGUUUAUAUAGUAAUUUAAGUUAGAAUUCGAAAAUUUUUGUGGAUUUGUUGAAUAUUGUAAUCUCCAAUAAAUAAUUUUAUGGAGUAUAAGUACUCUGUACAAAAGACUGUAAAUACAAUGAUUUUUUUAGAUA